CCUGUGGAGAUGUAAUCCACCGGAAGUGAUGUAGCUGGAUUAGUGCGCAGGAGCAUCCCGGGGACUUGCGCAAUAUUCGCAGGUCAGGGUUGGUGUCUCAAGCGUUACCUUGUCGUGAUGUGUUUACUGCGAAGCUGAACCGGCCCCCUUGUACGAUGUGCACAACAAUAUGCAGCUCCUGUUUUAAGGAUUUUCCAAAGCGUCUGCAGACCGACUUGGCAUUAUGUCCCUGCAUUCGUCUUUAAUUGGAAACACUGCACUCUGGAUUGCGUUAACUGCGGUGUUAAGUAGAAAGACUAAAAUGGACAUAUGUCUUGAAGUAUAAUGAAGGCGAUCAAUCGGGGUAUAGAGAGAACAUUAUAGAAACCAAACACAAUGGAUUAUCGACGGAAAAGGAAGCUGACAUUCGUCACCAUCGGGCUCAUAUUUCUUCUAAGCGGUGUGGAAUAUGCUGUAAUCUUGCCCACAAUAUGGAGGUACUUGCAGAGUUUAGAUGCAGCGCCUUACUUUCUGGGUUUGGCCCUGUCAGCGUUCAGCCUGAGUGGCCUCCUGUCAGGGCCGCUGUUUGGCCACUGGUCUGACCGAACAAGGACCACCAAGAAGAUCAUCUUGUUUGCCAACCUGUUUGAGAUAAUUGGUAAUUUCAUGUACUUUAUGGGCUUCUCCAAGUGGCUCUUACUGUCAAGCAGGCUGGUGGCAGGCAUUGGCACAGGUGCUGGCUCAUCUAUCUUUGGCCUCCUGACCAGGAGCACUGCCCCAGAGGACCGUGCCACCGUAUUUGCCGCUGUCAUGGCAUGCCGGCAAGCUGGUCUUCUGAUUGGUCCAGCAUUUAACAUCUUCUUGAGGCUGUGUGAUUUUCACCUGGGUCCUUUUGUGGUCAAUAAAUAUACUGCACCAGGGUUGUUCAUGUGCCUGCUGUGGAUUCUCCUUCAGCUGGCGGUGGUCUUCAUGUUCUGGGACCUGCCACCUCCAGAGAAGGGGAAGGCCAAGGAGGAUUUGAGAAGCCAGAGCAGGGAAGUGGAGAAUGAGCAAGGGCUUGGGGAAGAGGUCAAUGAUGAGGAAAAGCCUCUAAUGGGGUCCCAGGAGCUGGUGGGGUCCUACGGCUCAGUGGUGAUAUCCAACCCGCCUACACCCCACACCCCUGCUGCCUCAAAUGCCACGCUGAAUCACAUCUCUCCACCUCCCUCUCCCGUGCCACCAGACUCCCAUGACUCUUCCAGCCCCUGUAAGAGUUUCUGCAUAUCCCGAGAGUUCCUGAGAGAAGAAGUGGUUGUGCUGCUCGCUGCUCAGUUCAUCACCCUCUUCAAUCAGACGGCACUGGAGACCAUGGUGACCCCAAUGACCCAGAAGUACUUCAGCUACGGGGAGCUGGAGAACAGCAUCAUGUACUGUCUCUGCGGUGUGGAGGUGAUCGCUGGCUUCCUGUUUGUGCGCUGGCUGAGCCGCCGUGUUGCUGAGCGGGUGGUUCUUGCCAUCGGUCUGGCUAUCUGCAUCAUAUCUGGCGUCUGGUGCCUUAUCUUCCUGGCUAAGCCACUAGGUGGUUUCACAUGGCAGCUGACUGAGUUCAUCAUUGGGGUGUUUCUGCAGGUUUUGGGUUUGCCAUUUGUGGCGGUGGCUCAGGUGUCCCUCUUCUCCAAAGUUACAGCUGAGAGAACACAAGGCUUCAGCCAGGGAAUCCGGCGCUCAGUGGGAGGUCUAGCUACCAUCCUGGGCCCACUGUGGGCUGGUGGCCUGGUUGACAACCUGUAUAUCAUGAUGGGGGUGAUGAUGGCACUGCUGACACUGCUAACGGUGAUGUUGGCUUUCUCAUACGACCGGCUGGUUGCACCUGCUGCAGAGGAGCAAGACGAGUCAGACAGCUGUGACUAAUCCACCAGAUGGUCCAUGCAGCAAAAGUGGAAGUGCACAGAGGGAGAUUCCCUGCCCUGCACCCAGCAGUCUCUCCACAGUUUCACUGUCUGCACUGGGUGUGCAGGGUGAUAACGCACACCAACAGCGCACACCUUACACCUCACACCUCCUCAGUGCUUGGAUUUGUCAGAUUUCUAUGCAGAGGCCGAUCGAAGUACUGAUAUGGAGUGUGUUUCCCGUGGAAAUAUAAAAUCCUGUCAACACAGCGUGUGCAAGCUCAGGAUGAACGUUUUGUCCGUUCUUUUGCGUUCCUCACUGACUGCCAUCUAAAAUAGGUUCAUUGCAUAUUCUGCCUGUGAGUCUAAUUGGUCAAGUAACGGACAUGCCAAACGGUUGCGGACUUGGCUGACCUCGGUUUUAGCUUUGUAAAUUAAUACUUUCGGAGUGGCCUCCUCCACUGAAGCAAUGUGUCUAAAAGAACUACAAACACAAAAUAAAUACACUGAUGUGGGUUUUAACUGAAACUGUACCACCCGAGUGUUGGUCAUCCCAUGGUAAUAAAAAUGCCUUUUAAAAAGACAUUUAAAACCCCAGUAUUAAAGUUCUCAGGGAAACGCCAAAUAUAUAUUGUAUAAGAAUAGUUACAUUGAAUCACCAAUGAUUACAUGAAUUCUGCAAAUAUUGCAAUUAAUAAUAUAUAUGGAGCAAAGGCUGGUGAUGGAAUAUGUUUCCCAUGAAAAACUUGUUGUUUGAUGUUGAUGUACUGCACGUUUUUAACAUUAGUGGGCGCUCUUAGCCUUCCUAUCAAAGUAUGUCCUUGGUCUAUGCUCAGCCUCAUGUUUGGUGUGUGAUCUCAGCCAGUCACAUCACUCCUGAAGGUGAAGUGCACUCAUACACAUUUAGGGAAAAAAAAUAGCUUUACCGACUACAUUGUUGUCCAAGAAUAGUCUUUUAGUUGUUUGAGAUGGCAAUUGAUACAAUGUUCACUAGUCAAAGACAGAUUUUCUAAAGGGUUUAAAUUGUGUUUUGUAUAUGAUUAGUAAUUUGUUCAGGUUGCAUCCUCACAAACACCAAAAAUCUGCUUUGAAAUAUAAGACUAUUUAUUUCUUAUUUAUUAUGCAUUUAUUUAUUCAGUCUUGUUGGGGCGCCUACCCUGAACAUUAACUUUUUUGUACUUCAUGUCUCUGUACAGAAAAGAUAAAUUUCCACAACACUUCA